AUGCAGGCUGGACGUCCCCGCGUCCGAGUCCGGGGCGGCGGGAGUCGCGAGGCGUGGGAGCUCACCGUCAGCGCGGCGGCCGAGGGCGGAGGAUGCGAGCCCGCAGCGGCCUCGGCCCCCGCUGUUCUCCGCCCCGCGCCGAGGCGCGGGCGUCGGCGAGCACGGCGCGGUGCAGGGCUCCUUCCUUUACCCCGAAACCUGGGCGGACGCGGGCCCGAGGCCGGCGCGCAGGGCGACGUCACCCCGCGCGCCGGAAGUGCCUUUUGGCGGAGAGGACGUCUGCCUUCGCGGGUUUCGGCGGCGGCGGCGGCGGCGGCGGCGGCGGCGGCGGCGGGGCGGAACGUAGUGGCUUCCACAAGAGAUGAAAUGUGGUCUGAGGGACGGUAUGACUAUGAACGACUUCCAAGAGAGCGAGUGCCUCCCCGGAGCCAUGCCAGUGAUGGCUACCAUAGAGUAGUUAAUGUUGUGCCAAAGAGACCGCCUCUGCUAGACAAGAGACCACCUCUGCUAGACAAGAGACCGCCUCUGCUAGCCAGACCUGAUGAAGGAGGCUACAGUAGAUAUUACAGUCAUGUUGAUUACCGAGAAUGUGACGAGGGCCGCAGUUUUUCUCAUGAUCGAAGAAGUGGCCCACCUCACAGAGGAGAUGAACCUGGCUACAGAUGGACAAAGGAUGAUCAUUCCACAAGCCGACAGCCUGAAUACAGGGACAUGAGAGAUGGCUUUAGAAGAAAAAUCUACUCUUCCCAUUAUUCGAGAGAUCGGUCUCCCCAUAAAAGGGACGCUCCUUUUUUCAGAGAAUCGCCUGUAGGCCGGAAGGACUCCCCACACAGCAGAUCUGGCUCCAGUGUCAGCAGUAGAAGCUAUUCUCCAGAGCGAAGCAGGACUCACUCCUUCCAUCAGUCCCAGCAUAGAAAGUCUGCGCGUGUUGGUGCUUCCUACAAACAACAGAAUGAAGCAAAUCCAGGAAGAGGUAAAGAGAGAUCUAUCCAGUCUUUGAAAACUUCAAGAGAUACUUCACCCUCAAGUUCUUCAGCAGUUUCUUCAUCCAAGGUGUUAGACAAACCCAGCAGGCUAACUGACAAGGAACUUGCAGAAGCUGAAAGCAAGUGGGCUAAUGAAAAGCUAGAGAAAGCAGAUGAAAAUAACUUGGAUGAAAUUGCUGAGUUUGAGGUGGAAGCCACAGCACCCUUAUUUAUCGACCAGACAGAAGAACCCGAGUCAAACACAACAGAUGGCACGGAAUUGUAUGAAGACAGCCAGCUGAACAGUCGCUCUAAAGCAAUCGCAUUAAAAACCAAAGAGAUCGAGCAGGUUUACCGACAAGACUGUGAAACUUUCGGGAUGGUGGUGAAAAUGCUGAUUGAAAAAGAUCCUUCAUUAGAAAAAUCUAUACAGUUUGCAUUGAGGCAGAAUUUACAUGAAAUAGGUGAGCGGUGUGUUGAAGAACUCAAGCAUUUCAUUACGGAGUAUGAUAAUUCUACUCAAGAUUUUGGAGACCCUUUUUAGAAGAGUUAGCACCCAGGUCAAAACAAUGUUUUUAAAGCUUCUAGAUCUUUUUCCCCCUUGGAUUGUGUAAAACCUUACUAUUUUGUGAUGAAGAGAAAUACUUUAUGAUAGCUGACCACAUUUCUAGUAUUAAAUAAACAUCUACAAUGGCUGAUAAGGCAUCAUAAUCAGAAUGUUUUUCCUAUGUGUAGACUCUUCUACCAUCUUCAGCUCCUCCCUGCAAAAGAAAAUUAUGUUUUUUUAAUGUUUGAAAGAACAGUUCUGGAUCGCAGUUUUCAGUACUUACAUUCAGUAGUCUUCCAUAGUGUGUGAUCAUUUGGUCUCAGGAGUGUAAUUUGCAGUUAGAGAUCAUUCCAGGUUGCAUAUCAUAGUGGCACUGUUAGCAUUUUGAGUUGUGAAUUCUACUUGCUGCUUACUUUUCUUCAGCCUUGUAACUUUUGGUGAUGUCAAAAUAUGCUGUCUUAAUGAAUUCGAACUUUGCUUUUUGAUAUUUGCCUUGAGAAUAAUUCUUAUUAGUAUAGGGAAAAAAGCACUUGAAAAUCUGUAAAAGGCACAUUAGAACAAAAUCUUCUUCCCAAGUCAGUAGACUUAGUGCAUCUCUUCUAUGAAGUGUUCCUGAGGCUCCUGACUGCUCUCCGAACACUAACAGGAGGGAGCUUCAGUUGAGAUUCCUCAGAAACCCUUCUGAUGGAUAUAAUACAAGAUGAGAAUAUACAAGAGCUCUGGAAUUUUCUUUUAGGCCCACACUGUAUUUAAAAGCGACCUGACCUGGAAUGCAUGCUUGGGAUUAAAUCACAGAUUACUCUGUUAAUUUCAUAGACUUAGAGGAUCUCACUCUUCCCAAAUGUCCUCAUAGUAUGGAAGCAGAAAAUAGCAAGGCCGACAGUUCCCCUCACCUCCUGAGUGAGCCAGUGAAUAAGUGAAGAGACAAUUAGGACUGCCCACUCAUUUUCUGUCCCCUCUAGCACUGCAUUGAGCCAAAAUACAUAAUCUAUAGCAUGAGGUACCUUAAAGAUUGGGAUUAACCUCUUUAUAGAUCAGGCUGCCCCUAAACUCAAAGGAAAUCCUUCUGCCCCUGCCUCUCACAUGCUGAGAUAAAACGCAUGUGCCACCAUGCUCAGUAUCCUUUUCAUUUUCAUUCAGUUCUUCCCUUUUUACUUUUUUUUAUUUGAGAUAGGGUCUUACUGUUCAUUCUAGACUGGUUUUUAGCGCUUGCUUUUCCUGCCUUAGCUUUCCUGAGUGCUAGAAUUAUAAGUGUGAGCCACCAUGCUUGCCAUUACUUUCAGUUGCCUCUUUGAUAUUGUCUACAGAGAAAGCCCUUAAACUGCAUACAGAUUAUAGUGAAAGUACAAAUAGCUGUAUGAAUAAUUUUAAUGAGCCCUGCAAUGGAUGUGUUAAGAUAUGUAUUAUGCCAUUUUGGAAAUAAAAAAAAAAAACUAAUUAAGGACCUUUUCUUUAUAUACGUUUCCUAAGUGAGAGCACUUGGUGUUAUUUUUUUGGCACCGAGAUACUAUACAUAUCUUUUGUAAGGAUAUUCCUCCUUAAUGCAAGCAGUGGUCAAACUACUGAUCACUUCAGACAGACUGAAGAUACUGAUGCUAUUUUUUCUUUUUUCUUCCCACUAAUUUUUAGCUCUUUAAAUCAAGCUGUUAAUAUAUAUAUAUAACUAUUAAUUUUUUUUCUGUGUAGUCUUGGCUAUCCUGGCCUUGCUUUGUAGACCAGGCUGGCCUUGAACCCACAGCAAUCCACCUGCCUCUGCCUCCCCAAGUCUGGAUUACAGGCAUAUGGCACCAUGCCUGGCUGCAAAUGAAUUUUUCAUUUGGUAGAAAUUGAUUAAAAAGAGAAUCUUACUAAUAGGUUUAUUUAAAUGUAGGACCAACCAAUAAUCUCCUUCCCUUAAGUUACAUUCAGCAUUUGAAGCUAUUUUUAGUUUGCCAUCAGUGUUCUUCUGCUUGGCUUGUCAAGUGUUAAAUGUCUUGUUUAUUUUUGUUUUUUUUAAAUGCCUUUUAAUGUCUAAUUUUAGCAUGUGUACUAGAAUGUGUAUUUUGUUAAAUGUUUUUGAUUAGGGAGAUUGUAAAUUAGCCAUUGUUUUUGAGUAUACCUAAUCUGUGUGAUAACAUUUUCAUUGUCUUACCAUAAGGCCUUGAUGAUCAACAUGGGGGAAGCAGAUACUGUAACAUUUUUUUGUGAAUUUUAAAUAUGCAAAAUAAAGCAACUGAUACUAAGUAA